UUUUGUUGGGUCGUCCCGACGCCCACCGCCUUCGGUCAGUGCAAACAAAUCUCGUGAUAAAUAGCGUCGGUGUGGGUCGCGGACAGUUGCGGUCAAGCUGUUAGCGUGACUAGAAGGUCCACGAAGCGGUUUUUAACUUAAGGGUUAAAACGACCCCCUCGCGGUCGGAAAGUUUUCGAAUGUCACAAGGUGAAAGCGAUUAUAAGACAUCGAUAAAUUUUAAUAAAGUGAUUUUUUUUUUUCGUCGACCAAUACGAAUGUAAAUUGGUGCGCGGUGAACUUAAACGGUUGAGGAGAAACAUGUCAUUAAGCCCUUUGUUGAAAUAUUCAGAGUCAUGGUGUUAUAUAGGGGGUUAAUUACUGCCAUAAUUAUGGGAUUUGAUGAGGCAUAAAGCGACCCAUUAAGCGACCAUAAUGGCAGAAAACGUCAAGGUUAUAGUAAGAUGUCGGCCCAUGAACAAGAGAGAAACAGAAAACAAUUGCAAGUGUGUUAUCAAAAUACAUAACCCAUCGGUAGAAACCUGGGACCCGGGAGAGGGCACAACCUUCCCUAAAACGUUCACAUUCGACUCCACAUACGACCAAAAUUCAUCCACGGAAGCGAUUUAUAAUGACAUUUGUUACCCACUAGUGGAGAGCGUCCUAGAGGGUUAUAACGCAACGAUAUUCGUAUAUGGACAAACCGGUUGCGGCAAGUCGUUUACCAUGGAAGGAAUUCCCAGUCAGAAAGGGGUGAUCUCCCGGGCUUUCGAGCACUUGUUCGAAGCCAUUUCAGUCACCAGUGGGGUCAAAUAUCUCGCUUUGGUUAGCUAUUUGGAAAUUUAUAAUGAGCAAAUUAGGGAUUUAUUGGUGCCAAAUGACAAGAUGACCAACGGUGUUACGCUAUCCUUGAAAGAGACACCUACAGAGGGCGUAACCGUUCCAGGCCUCACCCAACAUCCUAUACACAACUCCCAAGAAGCCGAACAUUACCUCAACGUCGGUUCGAAAAACCGCAUGAUCGGCGCAACCCUUAUGAACCAAAACAGCUCCAGAAGCCACAGCAUUUUCACCAUCAGCAUCGAACAGUUGAACAACGUCAACAACAACCAGAGCAUCCGAAAAGGUACUAUAUUGAAAAACAAAAAUUGGGAAAACUCAAUUUUGUUUUUUGCAGGAAAAUUAAAUCUAGUCGACUUGGCGGGAUCAGAACGUCAAACCAAGACGGGAGCCACCGGGGAUCGACUGAAAGAAGCCACCAAAAUCAAUUUAUCCUUAAGCGCCCUCGGGAACGUCAUUUCAGCCCUGGUGGACGGAAAAGCCAAACACAUCCCUUAUAGGGACUCCAAGCUCACCAGACUGUUACAGGACUCUUUGGGGGGCAACACGCGCACCCUAAUGAUAGCCUGCAUCAGUCCAGCUGAUAGGGAUUAUAUGGAAACCCUGUCCACCCUAAGAUACGCCAAUAGGGCCAAAAACAUCAGCAACAAACCGAAAGUCAACGAGGACCCCAAAGACACGAUUCUGAGGCAGUACCAAGAGGAAAUCGAGCGUCUCAAGGCACUUUUGAGUACCCGACAAGAGGGCGACAUCAAAAUCGUGGACUUGGAAGAGAGUGAGGUGAACAAAAAUGUGGUUUCCAGAAAUGAGGAGUUGGGCGUGAGGAGGGACAAGCUGCUGCAAGAGUACCAGAAAGAGAUGGAUAAGUUGAGGAAUUUACAUGAGAGUGAGAAGAACCAAAAGGAAACUGUCCUGAAGCAAAUCCAAGCGAUCAAGCUGGAAUACGAAGAGAACAUUAGAAGAUUGAACGAGGAGAAGUUGAAUAAAGAGGUGACGUCCACCGAUGAGGUGAUGAGGAGGAUAGAGGAGCUUAAGAAGGCCCUGAUUGGCGGUGAGAAGGCUUAUGAUAAGGAGCUGUCCGAGAGGAGGUUGAGAAAAAAGAGGGCUGCGGAGGAGAGGGCCAAUUUAAUAGCUCACUUGUUGGCCAAAAUCGACAUGAACGAGGACAGAGAAACCCUCCAGAACCAAUACAAAGACAUCAGCCAGGAACUGAACCUAAAAACCGAAAUACUGAGAAAAUACCGACAUAAAGUGAAAAUGUUAGAAAAGGAAAUCACUGACCUCCAAGGUGAGUUCCAACAGGAGCGUGAGGACUAUUUGGAAACCGUGAGGAGGCAGGAGAAGAACCUCAAAUUACUCAGCCAGAUAAACGACAAGUUAGUCGGGACUUUAAAGAAGGAUUGUAACUAUACGGACUUGGAGGCUAUAAAGGACCAAGCAGUAUGGUUAGAAGAGAGUCAAAAGUUUAAACUUCCCGAUUUGGUGAUUCCGCGUACUAAAUUGCCACCAGCCGGACGGUUUUCGGAUAUUCAAACGGCCCCGGCUAGAUUGAACAGCGAAAUUCCUCUGAGCAGACAAAAUUCGUUUGAUCAGACGAAUAAUGCCAACCCUCAAGAUAUUAUAGCGAGCUAUUUUCAACCAGCGACCAAAAGGGCCACGGAGCUCCUAAAUCAGUCGAAAUCCGGAACGGUCGAUCCCCAUAAGGUUUUUAACACGUGGAGAGGCCACCGUAACUUUCCAGAUUUCGCACGGAAGAACCGAACCAGAUCCACAGAGAAUUUAAGUCUGGACUCGCCCACUAGCAGUGUUGGAAAGAGUAAUUUUUGGCUCACCUCCGGUGCAAGCUCACCCUUUAAUACUGAUCAACUUAAAAAGCCUUUUAGAUUGGAGGCGUUGCCUGAUAUCAGGAAGUGUAGCAAGCGAGGACCACUUAAUACCAUGGAACUUUUGUAAAAGUGUGAUAUUUUGUUAUGACAGAUUGUAUUUUGCGAAUAAAGAAUUGAAAAAGGUUGA